UCCUUCCCAUGGCUCAACGCGACGUGACACUGGGCGUGUCUCGUUCCCCUACGUUUUUAUUUACUUGUCCAAAAAAAAACACAAGGAAACAAAUCAAAAUCGCUAAUUCUGACUAUAAACUUCGAUUCGAUUCAUCCUCUUCUUCUUCUUCUUCUUCCUUCGACUCGCUCUUUCAAAUCGAACAAGUCUGGUGUUUUCAUAGAAUCUUUGGUCCAUUAUCUCCUUUGAAUUAGGGGGUUAGUGGAGGAGGGAUAUGGUGCAUGCAGAGUCAUUGAAAGUUAGUUCCUUGAGCAAUGGUCAUCAUGUCUCUGAGGAGGAGAAACUAGGAGGAGACGUUUUGCAGAAUGGUAUUAACGGUCGCGUCACGGCUUCUACUAAGUUGCUUAAGUUCAAGCGCCGCAAGGUUUUUGCGAAUAGAGACUUCCCUCCUGGUUGUGGAACCCCUGCCAUGAGGCUUAAGGCCGGAACGGCAGAGAACGGGAAUGUUUCUAGUGCUGAUGAUCAUCCUAGUGUUCCGCCGUCUUCUGAAGUGAAUGUUGAGGGUUCUGAAGCUAAGAUGAAUGUUGCUAAUGCUGAUGACCAUAGUGUUCUGUCUUCUGGAGCUAAGGUUGAGUCUUUAGCUAAAGAGGAAACAAAGUCUGAGCAUAAUGAUAUGGAACUCGUGGUGUUUGAAUCUCAUGAACCGGAACCAAAGAAAGAUGAGUCUGAUGGAUUGACGGUGUACACAAGUGAUGGACAUGUUGAGCCGGUGGCGGUUAAGCCGCUGAGUAUCUGCUUGCCAGAUGGAAACGAUAAGAAAGCGGUUAAGGCUAUGUCACUGGAACCGAAACGAACUCAUGGUGGUGCAGUUAAAAGAAAGGCAACCAAAAGUGUUGCGUUUCAUGAACCGUUGAAGGUUGCUAAAAAGAUGAACAUAAGUUAUGGUGAAGGGUCUAAGAUGAAGAAGAAGAGUUUGUAUUCUCGUGAGAGACGAAGUCCAGAUAGAGAGCAGCAGCAUCAGCUAGCUAGACAGCCUCGGACGUUACAAGUUGGGCUUCCUCCUUCGCGUCCUAGUGGCUCAAGCACCAGUGUUGAUAGCCGGACCAAAGUCAAGGAAACGCUACGUCUUUUCUACGGAGCUUGUAGGAAACUCUUACAAGAGGAAGAAGCAAAGCCUGUGAAACAAAAGAGGUUCAGAGUAGACUGCGAGGCGGCCAAGAUUCUCAAGGAGAAAGGGAAGUAUCUCAACACUGGAAAACAUAUCAUGGGAGCUGUCCCCGGGAUUGAAGUUGGUGACGAGUUUCAGUACAGGAUGGAGCUGAACAUCCUCGGUAUACAUAAACCGAGUCAAGGAGGUAUUGAUUACAUGAAGAUCGGUGAUGAGAUAUUCGCAACGAGUAUUGUAGCCUCCGGAGGGUACGAUGACGAGCUGGACAACACUGAUGUGUUGACCUACACGGGUCAAGGCGGAAACGUGAUAAAGAACAAGAAAGGUAAAGAAGUACCGAUGCCUGAAGACCAGAAGCUGGUGACGGGGAACCUCGCGUUAGCAAACAGCGUGAACAAGAAGAACCCUGUGCGUGUCAUAAGAGGCAACAAGAAGGCGGUGUUGGAAUCAUCAGGUGAUAAGAAAGGUAAAAGCUAUGUUUACGAUGGAUUAUAUAUUGUGGAGACGUUUUGGCAAGAGACUGGAUCGCACGGCAAGCUUGUCUUCAAGUUUAAACUCAGGCGCAUGCCUGGACAACCCGAGCUCGCGUGGAAAGUGGUCAAGAACACAAAGAAGGCAGAGGAACGUGUGGGUCUGUGCAGGAUCGAUAUCUCGGAAGGGCAUGAGAGGCUUCCCAUUUGCGCUGUGAACGAGAUCGACGACGAGGAGCCUCCUUCGUUCAUCUACACGGUUAAAAUGAUUUACCCUGACUGGUGCAGACCAAUACCUCCUAAAGGAUGCCGUUGCAACAGACGCUGCGCCGAAGCGAAUGACUGCGUUUGCGUGGCGAAGAACGGAGGAGAGAUACCGUACAACUACGAUGGAGCUAUAGUCAGUGCAAAGAAUCUGAUCUACGAGUGUGGCCCUCUUUGCAAAUGCCCUGCUUCUUGCUACCUAAGAGUCACACAGAGAGGGAUCAGGUUCCCGCUUGAGAUCUUCAAAACUGAGUCAAGAGGCUGGGGAGUGAGAUCCCUCAGCUCGAUCCCUUCAGGUAGCUUCAUAUGCGAGUACGUAGGUGAACUUUUAGAGGACAAAGAAGCGGAGAGAAGAACAGGGAACGACGAGUAUCUCUUUGACAUUGGAAACAGAUACGAUAACUCUAUAGCCGAAGAGAUGUCGAAGCUAAUGCCUGAGGCACAGCAGGCCAUGGGAGGAGAUGAUGAUGAGAUGAGCGGGUUCACCAUUGAUGCAGCAAAGAAAGGGAACAUAGGGAGGUUCAUAAACCACAGCUGCUCACCGAACCUGUACGCACAGAACGUGUUGUAUGAUCAUGAAGACACGAGGAUCCCUCACGUGAUGUUCUUCGCAAUGGACAAUGUACCUCCGCUUCAAGAACUCACGUACCACUACAACUACAUGAUCGAUCAGGUACGUGACUCUAAUGGUAAUAUCAAGAAAAAAAAAUGCUACUGUGGUUCUUCUGAUUGUACCGGUAGGCUCUACUGAUCAAAACUGGUUUCCCUAUUUAAGUCGGAUUCUUCUUGUUUUAAGUUUAGCUGAAGGAACAGUAUAUGUUACAAAUUAAGUGUUUUUAUUCAGAUCAUUGUUGUUUAAUGAUCGCUGAAUCAACAUUUUAUGUUACAUUGA